AUGGCUCCUUGCUCAUCCAACUACUCCUCUAUUCACCACAUCAGGAUCUCUGAGAAAGACAACAUCAAAUUGAGAAAACCUUUUGUGGAGAAAAUGCGCAGAGAUCGCAUCAACAGCUGCAUCGAGCAACUCAAGAUCAUCCUGGAGAAGGAGUUCCACCAGCAGGAGCCCAACUCCAAGCUGGAGAAAGCCGACAUCCUGGAGAUGACUGUGAGCUUCCUGAGGCAGCAGCUGCAGUCGGGCCUCUGUAAAAGCGAAUACAACCAAGGCUUCUCUAACUGCUGGAGGGACUCUGUGCACUUCCUCUCUGCUGGAUCCAACACAGAGGCCUCUGUCACUCCUCUGCAGGUCCUCCAGCAGCAGGAGCAGAAGCUUCAUCAGGCCCAGAGAGCAAGCAGUUCCUCCCCAGUCUGCUCCACCCUCAGACCCACCACCCUGCAGGACAGCAGCAGCAGCAGAGGCCCUGUUUGGAGGCCUUGGUAG